AUACUCUCCAUAAAAGACAUGUACCGUACAUACAAAGUUUUAAUAAAAGGUCGUAUACUGUGGUCAUGUAGUAAAUGAUAACGUUAAAGUGUGGUCGUAGGUUGAUCAACACGGUCGUCAACAAAGAUCUCGAAGGCCAACGAUACUUCGUUCUGGUUACAGACAUGGAUAAUAAAGUUUUUCUGUUUAUCUCUUGAACUCGCUUCGUCACAACUCAUCCUCGGUCAAGUAAAUAAAUUUAUAAAUCGUACUAGAAGUUCGUACGUGCGUUAGUACUAUCUCGUCUCUCGGGAAGAAUUUGUCACGUUAAAAAUAAUUAAUUUUUCUCCCAUCGUUAUUUUCACUUUCGAUUAAACAAAUCAAAAACGAUUUAUACAAGCUCAUUAAAUCCGUUAUAGAUCGUACAUUAUACGAUUCUUUUUUACCAGUCGAUGAUCAAAUCAAAGCAAUCUGAUUGUGACUAUAUGAGUCUUAUAAUUAUUGAGAAGUAUCCAGAUCAAAAAUUGGUGGAAGUGCUCGAAAGCGAAGCUUCUAGUAAAUCAAACAAAAUUGGUGAAUACAUACAUACUACGUUUUUGAAAAACCUACUUAAAGAAUUGCUUUUUGAAAGUUGUCCAGAUUGUAAAAAAAUGGCUGCAGUACCACAAGCAGCGUUUGCAGCGAGCAAAGUCCGACAUAAUGAGAAACAUGAUAAUAGUAUGAUAUCAGUGAUAGAAGGAAAAGAAAAAGCAAGCAAAGAAAACACAUACAAUGGUAGAUUCUACCUAGAAGGUUGGGAACUCACGCCCUUGAAAUAUAACAGCAAACUGAUGAACAGCAUUUGGGGUUUAUAUAACCGUUAUUCUGUACAUAAUUUCAAGAAAAAUACUGAUGCCGACGAAGGAUUCUUAGCGACUGUAUGGCAGACGGUUUAUUCAAAUCCUUCUUCCGUUAUGUCUGCUUCAGUCGUUUCAGCUUCGACUACUAUGGAAACUCCUCGCAUUUUAGGUACCAGAAAUGGUAUCUAAUGGAUCGAAUAUUUCCAAUAUGAUAGUUUCGAGGGUUACAUUUACUAUGAAUAUAUCAUCAGCAGUCAAUAAAAUAGCGUACCAAUUAAUUUUAUGCUAGUAGGAGAAUAUUUAAAUUAACCCUUUCUAUUAAUCUUACUGUAUUAUACAGGAAAAAGUAUGAUUGUUUUUAAAAAUCUUGAUAUAUAUUUGAAAUGUAACAAUUAAUCGAAAAGUUAAUAUUUUUCGAAAUAUAGAAAUAAUAAUCCAAACUACUAAGCUAUAGAUAAGCUAAUGAACUAUGCGCAGUUCUCAAUUCACGGGAAUAGUGUUUUUUUUUACUACUCGUGAUAGUUACUAGGAUAACGAAUGAGAAUCAGGCUUUUUCGAAUAAUCAAGAUAAUUGCUUAUUUGAUUUUAAACAGUUAUUCGUAAACAAAUAUUCGUAUUUUGAUAUGUAAAUAUGUAUGUAUCCAAAUUUACGAUAUAUGUAUUUCUAUAUGUUAAGAUAAUUUACGAAAAUUUCUUACUACAGUGUAAAGUCAACUGGUUCGUUAACUGGAAUAGGAACAGUAAAUAAACUGUUAUUUGCCAUGAA